AACCUCGUAGUAUACAUUUACCCAUCGACAAUUUAAUGACUUCUAAUCUCAGCCGCAAUAGUCUAAGUCCGUAUCAGUUUACUGUGCUAAUGGCGGCGUUGUCCUGCAGCUUAACUGAAAGGCACACUUCAUUCCAGAGCGCAGAGGGGAAAGGGCACGCGCAAUAUCGACGUCAUCAUCAUUGACUUGAACCUACCGCUAAUGCUGCUGCUACUGUCUCGAUGCUCUGUUGUGAUUCGACACGAUGAUCUCAACAGCCAACGUUUGAACGAUCAGUGAGCACUAUUUGAACAAGCGGCAUUGUUGUUUGUGCUGCCACCGCUACUUCUAGUUAACCCUUUCGAUUCAAACAUUAAGUCAUAACUGAGGUUCCCCUUUGCUACCACUCGUAGGUCUAUUACGAACUGGCUAAUUCGAAGCGCCGGUCUGAUGCAAGUGGAUGCCCUGUUAUCGCAAGUGUUUCGUGAUGACUUUUUUGUAAAACGAAAUUACCGCCCAAAUCACGGUUCAGAGGUUAACGAGUCAAGACAGAGAGAGUAAGAAGGCGGGUGAGUUAAAAUAGUCGGGAAGGACCGUGCCUUUAAGCUUCCCCAGACGAGGCGUAACGCUAACAUGAUCUUCCCAACCAUGACAUCCAGUUCAGGUACCGGUAUGUAUUCUUCGCGGCUGAACUACUACAAUCGUAUGGUACAGCAGUACAUACUGGAACAUCAAGAUCCCGUCAGUGGCCUGAUACCAAGCCAAGGCCAAUUCAAAAAUCAUGCAUGGGUUCGCGAUAAUGUGUACACAAUAAUGUGUGUUUGGGCUCUUAGCCUCGCAGUUAAAAAGGUGGAUCCUUCGCGUGCAUACGAACUCGAGCAGAGUUGCGUAAAAAAUAUGCGCGGGCUACUCGUUUCAAUGAUGCGACAGAGUCAUAAAGUAGAGCGUUUCAAAGAAACACUGAGCCCGACGGACUGUCUUCACGCAAAGUAUUCGUCUGUCGACGGUAACCCUUGUGUAGGCGAUACCGAAUGGGGUCACUUACAGUUAGACGCCACCUCCCUUUACUUGCUCACGCUUGCUCAGAUGACAGCCUCAGGUCUCCAAAUUAUUUUCAACAUGGAUGAAGUGGCAUUUGUGCAGAACCUGGUAUUCUAUAUUGAAUCUGCAUAUUUUGUACCUGACUACGGUAUUUGGGAGCGUGGAGACAAAACUAAUCAUGGCCUGCCGGAACUUAACGCCAGCUCCAUUGGCAUGGCCAAAGCAGCCCUUGAAGCUCUCUACGAUUUGGAUCUGUUUGGCGGACGCGGCGGGCCACAGUCAGUGAUACAAGUUCUUGCUGACGAGCCGCAAAAGUGCGACGCCGUGCUUCGCUCAAUGCUUCCACGUGAAUCGAACUCAAAAGAGGUAGAUGCCGCUGAGUUGUCCAUCAUUGGCUUCCCAGCAUUCGCCGUUUCGGAACAGGAACUCGUCAACAAGACAAAGGAUGCCAUCAUUGAAAAACUGCAGGGUAAAUACGGUUGUAAACGAUUCCUGCGUGAUGGCUACAAGACGGCUCGGGAGGACAGCAACCGCCUGUAUUAUGAACCGUGGGAACUCAGUGUCUUUGAAGAUAUCGAGUGUGAAUGGCCACUGUUUUUUUGUUACUUGGUGAUUAACGCUCUUUUCACUAACGACCGUGUCACGGCAGACAGCUACUUAAAAUCAUUGAACACAAUUUUAGUGAAAGACGAGAACGGCUUAAGCCUGGUACCGGAAAUGUACGCGGUUGCCGAAAAGAAUAUUGAUGAUGAAAAACGAAAUCCACACACUCAGCCGAGGCACGCAGUGGGUACGGCACCAUUUCUUUGGGCUCAGAGCCUUUAUGUAAUAGCUGGACUCUUGAUGGAAGGCCUUAUCGCCCCCGGAGAGCUUGAUCCGCUCAACCGCCGGUUUAGUACGAACAAGAAGCCCGAAAUCGUCGUACAGGUCACUAUUCUUGCCGAGGAUCAAGAAACAAAGGAUGCCUUGCUGCCAUUUAUACCAUCCGUUCAAUCGAUCCAGGAAGCGUCUCCUGUUCAAGUCCGCUCUGCCAGAGUGCUCUCCAAAAUCUAUUCGUGUUUAGGUCUAAACGAUAAAAUGGGCUUGAACGGCAGACUCUCAACGGAUGUAGGUUUACUCAGCACAAGCAAGCUGUAUACAUUGGACGGAAAAGUGUACGCCUUCCUGCCACAGAACCUUGAUGUAGAAAAGUUUCAUUUAGUUAACGACAUUGACCUAUUCCUUAGCACGAUGCGUUCAGAUAUAGCGGUAUUAAAAAGCAGUUGGAAUAUGCUGGGUCGGCCAACUAUCAUUACUAUGAUUCGUAGUAGCCAACUCGAUAGUGGCAAAGCUCCUUCGCCGUUGCGGCUAGCUUUUAAGAAGCUUCUUAGUGGUUAUAUCAACGGUACCCGAGUCACAGUUGGGACAAUCUUCGACUUUCUCAACACGUCAUGUCUUUCUAAUCUUUCCUUCCUUGAAGGCCAAGAGCUGAAGCCGGAGCUGCGUGACUAUCUGGACAAGGAAUACCGCCGAACAUACCUGAAUUAUCCUGGAGUAAUCGUACCGCAGCCACACGGCUUGCAUCGCACGAGACGCACAGGUAUCACUGGAAUUAUCAGCAGGUCCCGAUCUGUCAUUGGCGAUCCGGUAGAUAUCCACUCCACACUGGCUAACCAAGAGGGCAGCGCAGCCACUAGUAGAGUGGAUGUCACCGAAAUGCUUCGUCAACUUCGCGAGACUAAGGAUUUAGAUGAACAGGGUGAUAUAUUGCACUUUUUGGCCACGAACAAAGGACUGUCAUGGGACACGGGCUUGGGCCAGUCCCAUUCUGUGAUCACGGUCAAGGACCUUUUUCAGCGCUUCUACUAUGAAGCCUGCAAGGCCAAAAAAUGGGGUCUUGUCCGGCAUUUUGCUGCUUCCCUCUGUAAACGUGUGGAAGAUCUAGCAAAAAGCUUGACCGACCUACUCGUUCGACAGAAGCAAGUCACUGUCGGAAUGCCUCCGGCUAAUGAGCAUACGCUCACUCGACCAUUGUCGACGAAAGAGUUCCGAGCCAUUAUCGAGCGAGCUCAUCCAGGUGAUCAGAGUACGGCAAUGCUCACUCAGGAACUCAUUGUUUAUCUAGCAAUGUUUAUGAAUACGGAACCUCAAUUGUUUAACGAGAUGAUCCGUCUACGAAUUGGCCUCAUUAUUCAGGUAAUGUGCUCAGAACUCGAAAGGUCACUCGGCUGCUGCACGCAAGAUGCGGCCGACGCUCUUCUAUCGUUAUCGCCAUUCGAUAUGCAGAAUCUCCUGAAGAACAUUCUUUCAGGUAGAGAAUUUUCUCUUAAAUCCGUUGGUCCUGGUAGCCUGUCACUCUCGUCGAAAUGCUUCUCACGAUGGGGUACCACUGCGCAGAUCAUCAACGAAAAGGACAAUGAGGAUGAUCCUAAACGAGGACAGUGGCUUCGUAGACGACGACUUGAUGGUGCGUUAAAUCGUGUACCAUCUGAUUUCUACGAACUCAUCUGGAAGGUCUUACAAAAAUGUGAAAUGAUCUCUUUGGAUAGUAACAAUUGUAUCAGUAACAGUCUCACAAAGGAAAUGACGCCCGGUGAAUUGAAGUUCGCUCUGAGGGUCGAAGCUUUACUAAAUCAUAUCCCUCAGCCCGAAUAUCGCCAGAUGUUGGUGGAGGCUUUGAUGAUAUUAUCGGUGACCUCGGAACAGGAUAUGCUGUUAGCGAAGUAUAUCAGAGUAGAUACGAUUGUGCAGACGGCUCAUGACCUUUUUCUGGCUGACCAACUUCAAUACAAGGGUAAUUCAACAUUAUGCUGUCUAAAAUUUGCUCAGGUUGGCCCUCAAACGGAUGCGCAGUCAUGCAACAAAAUCGCUGAGCUUUGCGAGCAUUUUCUUGAUUCAGCACCUUCAGGUUCAUUUGGCACAAUGAGCUAUCUACUUCGGAGCAUCGCAACCUUGUAUAUACAGCGGUCGGGAUAAUGUGCCACGUAGCUGAGGCCCGCCCUGUUUAACGGAAGCGUUCAACAUAGAUUCUAUAUUAAAAUUAUGUUCCAAAUUGCGAAUAAGUUCGCUCUUCACGUGUUACGUAUGCACAGUUGCUUUAUAACAUGCCUACAGAUCGAUAUAAUAGUUCUUACAAAAUAUAAGUUGCUUUAAAUUAACGAUUGUCUUUAUUUCGAUUUGGUACGUUUCAAAUGCGACAUGGUUCUUCUAGUUUUAGUAAUGAUCUGAUCUCGUUUAGUAGCAGACUGGCAACCGACUAUACAGCC